AUAUAACAAAUAUGCCAUAGUAGCAAAACGCAGUUUCAUUCUUUCAAAAACUGACUUUUACCCAGCUUUUCUGCGAAAUUUCCCACUGUGCGUCGCGUCGUAUCGAAAAUUUUCUCGGUACAUUUCUGUCAAAUAGGGAAAUAUUGAUGCUUCGCAAUGCAAAGAGUGUGUGAUAUUAUUAAAACAUGGGUUUCUUGGAGGACACAUUUGUAAUUCUCAUUACACAGAUUAUCUUCUUCUUAGGAGGAUGGGUAUUUUUUGUAAAAAAAUUAUUUCGAGACUAUGAGGUUCAUCACAGAUUAGUACAAUUAAUUUUUUCCACAACAUUUUCACUGUCUUGUACUAUGUUUGAAUUAAUUAUUUUUGAAAUAGUUGGUGUUCUUGAUUCUAGUUCUAGAUAUUUUCAUUGGAAUGUUGGACUUUAUAUGCUUCUGUUUAUGGUAAUUGUUUUGAUUCCAUUUUACAUAGCAUAUUUCAUCAUUAGUAAUAUCAGAUUUGUAAGACUGAAAUUAAUAAGACCAUUAACAGUUAUUGUAUAUUUUUUUUAUCUCUAUUUGUUUUGGAAAGUGGGUGAUCCUUUUCCAAUUUUAAGUCCAAAAAAGGGCCUAUUGUCUAUUGAACAGGGUGUUAGUCGAAUAGGAGUUAUUGGCGUUACUGUUAUGGCACUAUUAUCAGGAUUUGGUGCUGUAAAUUAUCCGUAUACCUCAAUGGCUUAUUUUAUGAGACCUGUAACAUAUGCUGAUGUACAGGCUAUAGAAAAACGUUUGUUACAAACAAUGGAUAUGAUUGUUGCUAAAAAGAAAAGAAUAGCAUUAGCUAAAAAGGGAGAAGUUGUAGGACAAACUGAAACUCGAUCUCGACUUUGGGGGAUGUUUGGCCCUUUAAGUGGUACCAAAAGUAAUCAAGAAAGUAUAAAACAGUUGCAAAUUGAAGUUACAGCAUUAGAAGAAUUAUCUAGACAAUUAUUUUUAGAAGCACAUGAUAUUCAAAAUGCAAGAGAACGUUUAGAAUGGGCUGCUACUUGGCAAGGAAAAUAUUUCAAUGUUUUAGGUUACUUUUUUUCUGUUUAUUGUACUUGGAAAAUAUUUAUUUCGACGAUUAAUAUCGUUUUCGACCGUGUGGGCAAAAAGGAUCCUGUAACUAGAGCAAUUGAAAUUGCAGUACAUUGGAUUGGUUUUGAUAUUGAUGUUACAUUUUGGUCUCAACAUAUUUCCUUUUAUCUUGUUGGUUGUAUUGUAUUAACAUCAAUUCGCGGUCUAUUGUUAACACUUACAAAGUUCUUUUAUGCUAUAUCAAGUAGCAAGUCUUCGAAUAUUAUCGUACUUAUUCUUGCACAAAUAAUGGGAAUGUAUUUUGUGUCAUCUGUGCUCUUAAUGCGGAUGAACGUGCCCGCGGAAUAUCGAAUUAUAAUAACUCAAGUUUUAGGAGAAUUGCAGUUUAAUUUUUAUCAUAGAUGGUUCGACGUUAUAUUUUUGGUAUCUGCAUUAUCAUCAAUAGUGUUUUUGUAUUUAGCUCACAAACAAGCACCUGCAGAGCGUAUUUAA